UAGUGAGAAUGAGUCUUAUGAUCCAAAUAAUAGAAAGAAAAAAUAUAUUGAUCCUUAUCAUGGCAUGUAUGAUCAUCCCUUCCAACACAAUGAAGGGGAAGAGAUUUUGUUUAAAGAGGGCCAAGUUUUUAAGGACAUUGUAACUUUGAGGAAUGCAAUGAGAGAUUAUGCUAUUAAGGGGGGAUAUGAUAUUACAAGAGUUAAAAAUGACUCUACUAGAUUAACAGCUAAGUGUUCCAAUACAGGAUGUCCCUGGAGGUUUCAUGCAUCAGUUUUGUCUGACCAAGUCACUUUCAUGGUUAAGACUCUACAUGAUGAGCACACAUGCAUAAGACCAUUAAGAAAUGAAAAUUUGAAUUCAAACACUAAGUGGAUAGUAGAAAAACUUAGGGAAAAGCUGAGGGCAGACCCUGACAUGAGUUAUGAACUCAUGCAGCAUGAGUUGAUGGGAAAAUGGGGUGUGGAAGUUCCUGUGUGGCAAUUAUAUAGAGCUAAGUGCAAGGCUAGAGAUGAGAAUAUGGGCAUGCAUUGUGAAAGUUUUCAAAAACUUAAGAAAUAUGUCCAUUAUUUGCAAACAUAUAACCCGGGUACAGUUGUAAAAAUUCAGCCAGCUCCAAGGGUUAAUGAAGAUGAUCCUUUUGUUUUUCAAAGAAUAUGGAUUAUGUUUGAUGCUAUAAAGUCUGGGUUUGAGAAUGGUUGUAGACCCUUUAUAGGAUUAGAUGGUUGCCACUUGAAGGGUCCAUAUGGAGAGAUUUUCCUAGUUGCAGUCAUACUGGAUGGAAAUAGAGGUGUGCUACCUCUUGCAUUUUCUAUAGUUGAAGCAGAAUGUGGUGAUAGCUGGACAUUUUUCCUAGAGAAUCUUUAUUCUUGCAUUGGUGGAGGAACUGAUGCUAGGCCUUUAACUAUUAUGUCAGAUAGGCAAAAGGUAUGA